UCACUCACUUUAGGCCAAUCCGUCCUCUCCCUCUCUCUCCCUCUCUCUGUGUCUCUCUCCUACUCUGAGACAGAGUCAGAACUCUUCUCCCUGACAGCCACAAACAUCUACAGCACUUAUUGCAUUCAGAGAGGGAACCUGCAAACAAAACUUCACAGAAAACUUUUGGUUCUUGUUCCAGAGAAUUUGCUGAAGAGAAGGAAAAACAAACAAACAAACAAACAAACCAAACCAGCCCCAAAAAAACUGUGCGUGAAGGGGGAGGAAAAGCAGGGCCUUUUAAAAAGGGAAUCACAACAACUUUUGCUGCCAGGAUGCCUUUGCUUUGGAAGAGAGGAUUUUUGUUGGUGCUUUGCUGGAUUAUAGUGAGGAGUUCCCCAACCCCAGGAUCCGAGGGGCACAGUUCAGUCACUGACUGUCCAUCAUGUGCCCUUGCCACGCUCUCAAAGGAUGUGCCCAGCUCACAGCCUGAGAUGGUGGAAGCAGUAAAGAAGCACAUACUGAACAUGUUGCACUUGAGGGACAGACCUAAUAUCACCCAGCCGGUGCCCAAGGCAGCACUUUUAAAUGCCAUCAAGAAACUCCACGUGGGAAAGGUGGGAGAGGAUGGCUAUGUGGAAAUAGAGGAUGAUGUUGGAAGAAGAGCCGAAAUGAAUGAAGUUGUGGAGCAAACCUCAGAAAUCAUCACUUUUGCGGAAUCAGGCACACCCAAGAAAACGUUGCACUUUGAGAUUUCCAAGGAAGGCAGUGAGUUAUCAGUGGUGGAACAUGCUGAAGUGUGGCUCUUCCUGAAGGUCUCCAAGGCCAACCGGAGCAGGACAAAAGUCACCAUCCGCCUGUUUCAACAGCAGCGGCAGCCAAAAGGCAACUCUGAAGGAGCAGAAGAUAUGGAGGAUGGAGGGCUGAAAGGUGAAAGGAGUGAGACUCUGAUUUCAGAAAAGGCAGUGGACACCCGAAAGAGCACUUGGCACAUCUUUCCUGUCUCCAGCAGUGUCCAGAGACUCCUGGACCAAGGCAAGAACUCCUUGGACGUGCGGAUUGCCUGUGACCUGUGCCAAGAGACUGGGGCAAGCCUGGUGCUACUGGGCAAGAAGAAGAAAAAGGAAGAUGAUGGGGAGGGGAAAGAAAAGGAUGCUGGAGAAGUCCCAGGAGAAGAGGAGAAGGAGCAAUCGCACCGGCCCUUCCUGAUGAUGCUUGCCCGGCACUCGGAGGACCGUCAGCACAGGCGGCGGAGACGGGGCCUGGAGUGUGAUGGCAAAGUCAACAUCUGCUGCAAGAAGCAGUUCUUUGUCAGCUUCAAGGACAUAGGAUGGAGUGACUGGAUCAUUGCACCUACAGGUUAUCAUGCCAACUACUGCGAAGGAGAGUGCCCCAGCCAUAUAGCAGGCACAUCUGGUUCGUCAUUAUCUUUCCACUCCACUGUCAUCAACCAUUACCGCAUGCGGGGCCAUAGCCCCUUUGCCAACCUCAAGUCAUGUUGUGUGCCCACCAAGCUGCGGCCCAUGUCCAUGCUCUACUAUGACGAUGGCCAGAACAUCAUCAAGAAAGAUAUACAGAAUAUGAUUGUGGAGGAGUGUGGCUGUUCAUAGACACAUAUGUGCACAAGACUCUUCUCUUUAAGUUGAGAAGAGAACGUUUUAAAAGCCCAAGAAGAGGAAAGACCUGACAUGGUAUAAAAUCCUUUUUGAAUGAAACAAUCAUCUGAAAUAAAAACAAGAACAAGCAAAUUAAAAACAAAAACAAACAAACAAACAAAAAAACAAAAACACAACAACACAAAAAAAGAGGGGAAAGUAAAAAAAAAAAAAAAAGAAAAAGACAUACUGAGGAUCAGAAAAGACUACAGCUAUAAAGAGGAGGAAAGCUUCAUGAACCCAGGCUUGAAUGAGAUACGUUUGAAUGACGGUAUGGGUUGGGGAUUUCCCCUUCCUUUCAGUAUGCUCCUUAUCUUAUUAGAUAGUAUGUUAAGCAUUACUAGGGGAGUUAUGUUCCCUCCCCUAGUUACCCAUCAGUUCAAGCCAUGGUAGCAGCUCAUCUAACCUGCAGCAGUUUGGACUAAGUCCAAAAUGUCAUUGAAAUUCCUUGAAAAGCCAUGUGUAUGAACACUACAUUCACUGGCACUUUCCCCCAAAAUUUACCGAGGAACUGAGUAGGUGUGUAGUGUUUGUGUGGAUAUAUAUACAUGUGGCUAUGUAUUUAUAUACAUACCUUUAUACAUACAGACACUACACGCUUACGUAUACUUACAUUGGUAAAGAGACAAUAUUGUGCAGGUGUAUACACCUUCAUCUUCUGCACUACAUUUACAAAAAAAAAAAGAAAAAAGAAAAGAAAAAUGAAGAAAAAAUGAUUAAAAAGAAUGAAUGAAAGAAUAAAAGUUACAUAUUGUAAAGGUGCUUACAACGUUAGAACUAUGCAACCUAGUUGGUUUGAAACUGUUUACCUGCAAGAGAAAGAAAAAAAAACAAAAACAAAAAAAAGAAAGACUUUUUUUUUAAAUGGAAGUAACUUGUUUAAAAAAAAAUAAUCUUCAGUGAGAGAUACUUGAAAGGAAUAUGUUUGUCCAGAUACUGGAGCCAAACAUUUCUAUAUUUUGUAAAAAAAAAUUUUAAUCGUUUACUAUUUGCACUACAAUGGUGUCUGACCUGUCUAAUCCUUAUUUAACAAACAUUUGCAAGGGAGGGUGGUUGGGUGUGGGAGGGGUUGAGAGCUGCACUUAUUGUGAGCUAUACAAGAACUGCUACAGCACACAAAAUAGCUAUUUUUAUUAUUAUAAUUAUUAUUAUUAUUUUGUACCUUAAACUGAAUAGACACAUACACCAAAGACAUUUGUGCAAGCCUCUAAAAAGUCUGUUUGUGGUUGGUAUCAUUCACCUGUAAUAAGUUAUGGUUUGAAUUAAGGGUCAGUGGGUUGAUUACAUUCAGGCUAGUAUAUCUGCUAACCAGUUAAAUUCAAAUUCUGCCCUAAACAGAAAAUUGUAAUUUGAAGAAAGCCCUCAAAAGCCCUGGGAUGUGUAUCCAAGGUGCUUGGAUCCAAGGUCCAUCUAAGCAUAACUGUACUUGUUUUGCAUAUACAACACUUAAGACUUAUCCCUGAUGCACAGCAACUGUGCAUCAUUGGGAAACAACUUUAUACAAGGGACAUACAUAUAUAUAUAUGUAUAUAUUUCUGUAUGUAUAUAUGUAUGUAUACUUGAGGUAUAAGCACUUCUGGCUUCACUUUAAUGUUCUUAAAACAAUGAAUGUUUGUGUGCAAAGCACAGUAUGUUAAAAGCUUGUUUGUUACUAACAAGCAUGAGCGUUCAAAAUGGUAUUUGUGUGAGAGGAACCUAAAGUGCUGGUGUACACUUAGAAAAUAUUGAUGUAAAAUUGCAAGCAGCUUUGGGCCAUGCCCACCAUCACCCCUGCAAAUACAAAGAAAAUGGCACUUGUGGUAGGAUUUCUGUUUGAAAAGCAGUCUUAAGCAAAAGGCUGGCCGUCUCAACCACCACCCUCUAGCACGACAACUCUUAAUGGGUUUGCGCGUUACCAGUAAAACCUAAUUUUCAGUGUCAACACCUAACCUGAAGGGUCCAACCCAUAGGGCAUAGGUAGAUAGGUUUAAAAAAAAAAAUCUAUCGCUGUUGUAUUUAAAAGAAUGUUAAAGUUACAACGUGUGUCUUUGGGUAGGGGGAGAUGAGAAGAGGGAAUGGGAGAAACCUUUAGGCCCUGUUUACACUGAGUUUGAUAACCCUGAGCCUGAAUCUUCAGACUCUUAGAGGUUUGCAGGACCAAGCCCCUGUUAGCUGCCUUCUGACAGGAAGGGCUUCAAAACACCUCUCACAGAAAGCAGCGCUAACAUGGCUCCCCACCUUGCUGAGAGCACAGUCUGUUUAAAAAAAAAAAAAAAGUAAAAAAAAAAAAAAAAAGAAAAAAAAAGAUAGCACAAUUUAACCUGGUCACAUUGGCUAGGGAUAGCGUGUUAGCACCUUCAUGGCGAGAACCAUGUUUAAGCAGUGUAAUCAGGGCCUUCAUUUUUGUCAGCCAAAACUGUUUGUGUGUGUGGGGGGGUUUGCUCUGUGUCUGUGUGUGUGUAGAUGUAUGUGUGCAUGGGAGCGUGUCUGUAUGUGUAUGUAUUGAUAGAGAUUAAAAAAGAAAAAGAGGAAAAAAAGAAAAAAGAAAGAAAAGAAAAAAAAAGCCCUUUCCUCCGUUGAAUAGAUAUCAACAUACAUGCUUAUAGCUAAGUUUUCUAUCUAAUUUAUUCCACAGUAUUUAGGUUGCAUAGUACAGCUAAUGGGUUAUACAUUUAUGUACUUUUUAUACAAUGCAUUUUUACAGACUUGUUUGCAGUUUGCAAAAAAAAAAAAGAUUAAAAAAUUGUAACAAUUGGGUGAACACUAAAUUUGUCACUAAAGUAUUCUGUAAAAUAUCAAGGCUUUCUGAUUUAAAUUAUUGCAGAUUUUAUUUUAUUUUAUUUUUUUUUUUAGUAUUUUCUUCCUGGGGAGAGGGAGGGAUACCAAAUGGUAGUAGGGGAAAAAAAAAAAAAAAGAUGCACAAAUAAUCUAUCUUCAUAAUUUAAACAAACCAAGUUCCUGACCCUGCUUCAUUUGAAGCAAGUGGCAGAAGUAUUGUUGAUUUUCCUAGAAGUAGGGCCAGGCUCUGGAAUUGCUGUGGCAGGAACAUAGCCUGUGACAGCUAAGGACAGUACCUUUUAUUUCACUGAACUUUGGACCUGGACUUAAAAUUAGAUGUAUAUUGCCCUUCUACCCUUACUUAUGUCCACAGGCUCAUUGAUGUCUACAGAUCUCCUUACAAGAGUAGUAAAACUACUUACAUGACUAAAGGCAAGGCAGGCUGAACCACAGGUUCCUCAUGCUAUAGGCAGUGUGAAGGGAGAGAACGGAUUUUGAAUGAGUGGCACCAUAUCCGACAACAUUUAAUUCAAUUAAUUGUUCAAAAACAGGCUGCUUGUAUCACGGUUGAUCUCUGAAUGUAGUGGCAAGGGAAGCAGGUGAGAUGGCUCAUGUUGGCAAAAAUUAUUCUCACAUGUGAUUAAUUAAGAGCAUCGGAGUCCUGAAAUCCCAGCACCUUCCCAAAAGUGACAAUGGCAAAACUCCCAUUGACUGUAAGCAGAGUAAGUUUAGGCUCAUGGUUUUCCUGGUCAAAGCUGACAGAGCCUUUAAAAAGAAGUCUGAUACUGAGUUUGAUACCAGCUUUUAUGUGGUGCACAGGGGCUGGCCCUGGAAAACGUGAAACUAGCCUGAGACAAUUUCCAAGUGAGGAAAGAAAAGAGGAUUUUUACAUGUGGUGAGUGGGUUGCAUGAUAGGUACACCAAAAACAGAAGAAGGUUUUUCAAAGCAAGAAGCAACUGUUCCUAAGCCCCGCUUUUUAGCUUUCAUUUGUGUGUUUAUACUAUUUUAUUUUUACUAUACACAAAUUUUAAAGGUUUCUCCCUCUGAUCUCUAGAUUCAGUCAUGGGGUUUUGAUUUGUGGUCAGAGUUAUUUAAAGCAGGGGGAAAUGAAAAACUAUAUGAUAAAAUAAAAUAAGAAAUCGGGAUGUUAAUCAAGACUGACUGAUUCCAGCAAAACACCCCACCCCUGAUAAUUUGGCUUAAUUAAAUCUGCAUGUACUUAAAAUAGCAUUAGAAAUUGUUACCAUAUUUAAACAGUUGUUCAAGGGCAUGCAGUCUCAAAAAUUACUUCUCCCUUCAGGUACUACUAUACCAAAAAGAAAAAAAAAAAGCUUUUAACUACUAACACAUUCCUUUCUGUAUAACCCAUUUCCGUUUUAUAUUGAAAAUGUAUUUUCAGUAUAUAUUUGAUCACAGAAAUGUAUUUGUUUAGUACGUCCACAGUCUUCAUGUUUCAGAGCUGAUGACAUUCAGUGGUCUUUCCCCCUCUUCAUGUCAGAUGCUCACUGUAUCCAAGGCCUAACAAACUGGCAGAAGUGCACAUUAAGAUGUUUCUUUGGGAGGGCUGAAUGUAUUUGUAUUCUUGGGGUUUAGCAAAAGGAAAUGCUAACAGAUGCUUAUAAUUAUUCUGCACUUAUAUGUCACAGCAGAAUACAGAUCUAGGGCCUGAAACUGCAGAACUGAAUGAAAUGGGAGUUUUGUCAUUGACUUGAAUAGAAGCAGCCUUUUACCACAUCGUUGCAGACUAGGACUCUGUUAUAAAUACCUACUCUUUUGUAUUUACUUGAGAUUCAAGUUACCAGGUUCAUAUAACUGUGACACCACAAGGCCAUGCAGAGGCUGGCAGCAAUAUCUCUGAAUUAGAGAAGUUCAGGCAUCUGUAAUGUCUAUGUGCAAAAUGAGAAUUUUUAUGCACUAUAGUUACUCGUGGAAUAGUGCCUUACUCUGUAAGCAAUGCUGUUGAUUCCAGAGGGUCUCCUUUCCUAGAAAGUUACCAGUCAGCAUGAAUAAAGUGAGCAGAAUCUAUUUCUGGAGUGUAGGUAGAAGAGAGGUGAUGGAAAUUAGUAAUUCCUUGAAGUUAAACCUCAUGUCAAUACUGUGCAUCAGUAUAAGAAUCAGAUGCUAACUUUCUGACACUGAAGAGCUUUACUCCCCAUCUGCUCUCAUUGCAUUACAUGUGGAGUAAAAAGGUUUUCAGUUAGAGUAAUAAAAACUGUAAUUUGACCUUUCAUGAACAAUUAUAAGCAAUGUUUUCAUAGGUAGAAACAAACAACACUUCUGGGUUAUAUAGCUAUUUAUUUUUUGAGAUACAGUGAAUCUGUGUUAAUUCUCAAUGGGUUUCUUUAUAUUUAAAUACUUUCAGAAACAAUACAUUGACGAUGGGUUGAAGAUAUAUAUAUAUGUAUGUAUAUAUACAUAUUAUAUAUAUAUCUACAAUAUAUAUACACACACAACUAUAUAUAUAUGUAUAUACAUAUAUAUAUAUAAAUUAUGAAAGCCAAGAUAUUAUGAAGCCUAUUUUGUUUUUAUCAUUUUGUGUUUUGUUGUUGAUAUUAUUAUUAUUAUUGUUAUUAUUAUUAUUUUGCAUACUACAUGCAGUGCUUUAACCAAUGUCUGUUCGGCUAAUGUAAUUAAAGUUGUUAAUUUAUAUGAGUACAUUUCAACUAUGUCAAUGGUUUCUUAAUAUUUAUUGUGUAGAAGGACUGGUAUUUUUUUUAUUUACAUUAUGUUUAAAGAGGUAACAGUUUGAUAUGUUCUCAUUUGUUUAUAUUAGAAGUUAUUUAUUUUCACGGCAUUCCGUCUGGUAUUUUGAUAUUUGGAAGGCAUGCUACCUAUACUUUGUACAGUUAGUGGGCAGUAUUCAGCAGCUCCCAGUAGAUUUUUAGGCCCUGUGUUAAAUAAAAGACAUGUUUGGGAUUUCUA